UCACGGUGUUCUAGACAAUUAAUUGGACUAAUCCUUUCAAAUGGGGGCGAGUGCUGCCUGAGACUAGACCAACCCACAGCUUAGUCAAUGGUUCCAUAUGAUGUCAGACUUUUUUGUCACUGUAAUUGUUAUCGAUCUUUUGCGGAGUCUACCGGAGAAUCUUUGGAGAGGUACCUAAAAAGAACUGUCUCAGUCACGGCGGCUGCGCAGCGACCACUGUGGCUCAUUCUUCCCUUCAGUGAUGAGCACUCACACAGCAACAGGGCCAGUCAAUCGUCUGGCGAACUUCUUGCGACCGAGAAAGCAGUCAACCGCAACCGAGAACAAAAAUGUCACAAGACCAGAGAAAUCGAUUCAGGUACUGAGUGUCGAGAAUGAAGCCCUGAAAAACGCGAACGAGGCAUUGAAGAAGAAGUGCAGCGAUUUACAAGAUCGUCUGCAACGAGUCGAAAAGAGGCUUGGGGGCAAGGAUAAAAAUGGAGAUCUGGGCGUUGAUCAACAGGAGGUGGAAAGCGUAGGCGCCCAGGGUGGCGAUAAGCGCUGCACAGUCAGCAAAGAAGCGCAGGCGAAAUCGGAACCGUCAUCUCCCUUAUCUUUACAUCGUCCACCUGGAAUGUCCAGACGUGGCCACCGAUUGCUUCCUCCGGAGCUGUGGUGGACCAUCAUUCGCUGGGCGACCUAUGCACCGCCGGGUUUUGAUACGCCAAACUUUGGGCCAUUCCUUGGAUCCUUUGAUCAUGAUAAUAAAGGAGAAGCGGAGGCUAAGGCUGUCAAGUGCGCAGUGGUUCAAGUGUGCAGCCUUUGGCGAGACCUCGCUCUCGGCAUUCUAUAUGAGGAUGUCAAGGUCGGACGUGGGGCAGAAUAUCUCGUGGAGGCGUUGGGAAAGACAUAUAGGGGUGAACAGCUCGGAAAAUGUGUCCGCCGCCUUGAACUUCCUUACCCUCACACCGAUACUCCAACCAACACUAGCUUGGAUCUCGCACUACAAAUUCUGCAAUAUUGCCCGCAAUUGGAAACAUUGGUGAGGCCCUUCAUGUCGGCACUUCCAGACUCGGUACGCUACGAAUUCCCUACUCCCAGCCACUCCUUCUUGAACCUCAAGAGGCUCGAGUGGUGGCAUUACAAUGAUGCUACUCGUUCUGGGGGAAUCAACUCGCUCCUAGACGUUCUGCGUCAUUCUCCCAAUCUCCAGUAUCUCGCUGUAGGAGGGGAGAUGUGGUCUUCCGACCAAACUGGCAAUGUGCUGGAGCUCCCCGCAUUGAAGACACUUCGUGUACGACGCAUCAAUCCUGUCUUCGUUCACCAGAUCUGCCAAUGGCGGCUACCUUCACUUGUCCAUGUCGUUGUGGAUUUCCCCCUAGAACAGAACGCACUCGAUACCAUAUGGCAGGUAUUUGGUGCUCGCCUCUGCACGGUCGAGUUCGCAAGGCAUGUCGGAUUCUUGCUUAGUGAUCAGACCACUCGCUUCCUCCGUGGCUGUCCUCAAAUCAAGACGUUCAAUUACUUCCUUAACUUCACGUCACCACCACCUAUCUUCGGAGAAAAUUGCGCGCUUCAAUGCAUAUCUUUGCAUGCAUUCCCAUGUGCCAUGGUUACAGACAUGAUCACUGAAGCUCGAGAGCGCCUUAGGCUACACCUCGCAUUCCUCUCCGAAUCAUCCUUUCCAGAGCUGCGCCGCAUAAUUCUUUAUGGCGAUUGGGGAGACAUGCUUCGUGAUCCUCGCUUAGUAGAAUUCAUGCAAACCAUGAUUUCCAAAGGCUGUUCGAUUGAACGUGCCACUGGGGGCAUGCAUUCUUGCAAUCAAUUAUUGAGCGCCUGAUCCCACAGACGACAUCUCUAGACGCUCGUGUAUUCAUAGCUGGGGUCGCCCCUUUUAGAUUCUUCAAAAUUCGUUCACUUCCUUUCCCACCUACCUUCGAACUAAUGCGCUGGCUACGUUAGGCUUAGUCGAAAUCUGUUCCUGUCCCCGUCGUGUCCUAUAUUAUGGGGUGUACCGGUAUAUCAUCCACCAUGUGAAAAAUUGCAGGGUCCUCAGGGAUUCACACAAGAUCACGUCGUAUUUGGGUUUUAGG